UCGAGGCAAUUUCAUUAUCCAGUACGUUCCAAAAAUCAGCUGUUCUGCGUCAACGCCAGUGAUAACGACAUAAACAUAAACAUGAGUGUUGUUGCAAAGCUGCUACGGUUUCUGCCUAAUUCCCAGUUUUUCAGUGAAAAUAAAUCCGUUCAAAUAAAACAACUUUAUUACGAUGUAGUGAUCAAUGUACUGAAACCAUUGCACAAUGGAUGCGCUGAUAAGAUUGACCCAAUUUGUGCCAAACAAAGUCUCGUUCGGAUUGGCGUUGUUUACGAUCUUUUGUACGCUUGUUUACAUACCGGCGAAUGGCAUGCCGUUCCCGUCGAAGAAAGGGAGGUAUUCACCAUCGUUUGCUAUCUUCGGAUAAUUUAUAUGCUCAUUUGCUCGAACGAAUCGACAGAAACAUUAGAAAACGCCAUUUAUAUAGCUGAUAUCGGUAUUAUGCUGGGACGAAACGUUAACGUAUUUGUCGAUGGAAACGAAUGCGAUUUAUUAACUAGUGUUGCAUCAGUUCUUUCAAAAUCUAAAGCAGACAAACGAAAUGACGAGCCACCCCUUAAAAAAUUGAAAAUCGAUGACAAUUGUUCUACGACAGACACUCAUGAUAUUCCAGUUAUGUUUCGUCCAUCAAUGCAGUACUUCGGCUCGGAGCACUAUGAAAAACGUGAACCCCUUCUGCUCCGGGGUAUCAUCGACGACUGGCCGGCGAUGCAAAAGUGGCACGACCCCAAUUAUCUCGUUGGGUUGGCAGGUGAACGAACUGUCCCAGUGGAGAUGGGUUCUCAAUACAGCAGCGAAGACUGGUCCCAGCGGUUGGUUAAGUUUAAAGAUUUUAUCGUUGACAAUUUGAAUAUCGAUGGCAGCGAGAAGCCCAACCAGAACCGUGCCUAUUUAGCACAGCAUGAGUUAUUUGACCAAAUUCCAGAGCUGAGGAAGGAUAUCCAUGUGCCGGAUUACAUUGGUGGAACCGAUGUAAACCCCCGGAUCAAGGCAUGGUUGGGCCCGAAGGGAACCAUCUCUCCACUGCACACCGAUCCAAGCCACAAUCUGCUGUGCCAGGUAUUCGGAAGUAAAACAAUUAUUUUGGCUUCUCCCGAGGACACCCCGAAUCUGUACCCACACGAGCAUUUCAUCCUAGCCAACACAUCCCGGGUGGACAUGAGGAACGUGGACUACGAUCAGUUUCCCCUGGUGCGAGCGGUUAGAUUGCGUCGACUGGUGCUUCGUCGCGGUGAGGUCCUGUACAUCCCUCCGGGAUGGUGGCAUUACGUGGAAUCUUUGGCGCCAAGUUUUUCCGUCAGCUUUUGGUUUGACUAGCAGUAUUGAUAAGAACAGUUGUUUUUAAAUAUUAUAUGUAUAAAUAGACCAUUAUCUCAAUCUUCGUUGGUUUGCUAUUGAA